AUGUACACUCUCUUUGUGGGCAAGCUAUGGGAAGAGCCCACAAAGAAAUGUAGGAUUGAGAAUACGGGCCAACCCAAUCUUCACAGUAUCCACACCUGGGGUCAAAGCAAGUGCCCUACCGGUCUGUCCGCCGAUUUCUCUCCACUUUUCUCUUCCACUGCCCACUCCGUCAUGGCGAUGAAUGCCCCAUCGUUCGUGCUUUGUCUUCCACACAAUCCUCUCCAAUACGCACCUUCAUUAAUCAGCCAGUCCUAUCCAUCCCGAAGGACAUAUCAGCUCCUCACAAAAGCCACUUCCGGACCGACUGUGUCCACUAUCGCCUUUAGACCAUCUCCAGAUCCACGUUCCUCGUAA